AUGGAGAGCGCAAGCAAUGGCUCGGACGCGGAUUACUGGAGCCAGUUCCCCGUGGUUUACAAGAACAGCAGUCUCUGUCGGAACUUCACCGACACCAACAACACUACUUCGGGCUUCGCGGACUUGAAAUGCGGCGCUGACCAGAGGGGACAUCUGACUGACUUAGACGACACGAACCCGGUCAUCAUCGCGAUUGUCAUCACGGCACUCUACUCCAUAGUGUGCGUAGUGGGGCUGGUUGGAAACGUGCUGGUUAUGUACAUUAUUGUGAGAUACACCAAAAUGAAAACUGCCACUAACAUCUACAUCUUUAACCUGGCUCUGGCCGACGCCUUGGUCACCAGCACGUUGCCGUUCCAGAGUGUGAACUAUCUGAUGGGCACCUGGCCGUUCGGGGACAUCCUGUGUAAAAUGGUCAUGUCCAUCGACUACUACAACAUGUUUACGUCUAUCUUCACCCUGACCACCAUGAGCAUUGACCGUUACGUGGCCGUGUGUCACCCAGUUAAAGCCCUGGACUUCAGGACCCCUCGCAAUGCCAAGAUCGUCAACAUCUGCAACUGGAUUCUGUCCUCUGCCAUUGGUUUGCCUGUGAUGUUCAAAGCCAGGACUAAGUUCAUCCCAAACACACCCAUGAUGGUGAACAGUGUGGACUGUGCUCUGGAGUUCCCACACCCCUCCUGGUACUGGGAGACCCUGAUGAAGAUCUGUGUGUUCAUCUUCGCCUUCAUCAUGCCAGUCCUCAUCAUCACUGUGUGCUACGGCCUCAUGAUCCUGCGCCUGAAGAGCGUGCGCAUGCUGUCCGGGUCUCAAGAAAAGGACAGGAACUUGCGUCGGAUCACCCGCAUGGUCCUGGUGGUGGUGGCGGUCUUCAUUGUGUGCUGGACUCCCAUUCACAUCUUCGUCAUCAUCACAGCUCUAGUGACCAUCCCCAACUCAACACUGCAGUCUAUUACCUGGCAUUUCUGCAUCGCCUUGGGAUACACAAACAGCAGUCUGAACCCAGUGCUUUAUGGAUACUUGGAUGAGAACUUCAAGAGGUGUUUCAGAGAGUUUUGCACCCCCAGCCCGUCAGUGCUGGAGAUGCAGAACUCAUCCAGAACCGGAGCCAACAGCCGCAAGAUUCCCCAGCGUGAGCACAACACCGGCAACACCGGGGAGAGAUCCAACCAACAGGUAGGGCAUCUGUCAUAA